CUAACACGUGCUGCUAACUUACAGCACUUUUCCUGUUUUCUGGUCCAUAUUUAGUCAUUUUUUAAUCGGAAUCGUUAAAUUUUGAGUUUUUUCGUUCCUUUCAGUGAUAAUCUGAUUCACUAUGGCGGAUACUGGAGACGACGACGAUGAUCGAUACAGAAUCAAAGAAGGUGACUACGUUGUUUUAAAGCGAGGAGACAUCUAUAAAUCGGUGCAAAUACUUCCAAAAAAAAAAGUGAUUUUUGAGAAGCAGUGGAUUUUCCUGGAUAACGCGGUGGGAUGUUUGUACGGAGACACGUUCGAGAUCGGGGCUGGAGGGGGUCUGCAGCCUCAGAACACCAAGACCACCGAAAGCCCCCCAGACUCAAAGGUGGCGGGAACUGACAACAGGAAUAUCAUCGAUGAUGGAAAAUCCCAGAAACUCACCAAGGAUGACAUCGAGAAGCUGAAAGACCAAGGUCUGAGGGGCCAGGAAAUCGUCCAGCAGCUGAUCGAGAACAGCUCCACCUUCAGCAACAAGACUGGAUACGCUCAGGACAAAUACAUCAAGAAGAAGAAGAAGAAGUAUGAAAACACCGUGACGGUUCUGAGGCCGAACUGCCGGAUCCUGGCCAUGAUGUACCACGGCCGUGAACCGGGGAAGAUCUGCCAUCUACGCUACGACACUCUGGCCCAGAUGUUGACUCUGGCCAACAUCCACGCCAACAGUAAAGUUCUGGUGUUUGAGACGUGUGCCGGACUGGUCUUAGGAUCCAUUAUGGAGCGAAUGGGAGGCUUCGGCACCGUCAUCCAGAUGUUCCCAGGAGAAGGUCCAGUCCGGGCCGGUGUGGAGAGCUUCGGCUUCCCUGCACAUUUUUACGAGACGCUGCACGAGUUUCCCAUCUGCCACCUCAACGCUUUGGAGGCGGGGACUCUGAACAAACGGCCCGUUGCUGGUGAAAAAGAGUCGACUGCAGAGGAGGAGGAAGUUCUGCCUGGAGCCGACCAGCAGGACGGCAGUCCAGACGAUCAAAGUAUGGAGACGGUGAGCGGAGACGCCAAAGUUCAGGACCAGAAGCAAAAGGAAGAGGAGAAACGAAGGGAAGCCAAGGCUCUAGAGAAGAAGGUGAAGCUGGAGGAGAAGCAGAGGAAGCUGGCAGCUGCUGCGGCCCAACUGGACGGCAGAAACGCUGACGGGCUGGUCAUCGCGAGCCGCUUCCACCCGUGUCCCGUCCUGCUGCGCCUGCUCCGCUUCCUGUCGCCCUCCAGGCCGUUCGCCGUUUACUCCCAGUACCUGGAGCCGCUGAUCGAAUGCUACACCAAGCUAAAGGAACAAGGCGGGGCAGUCGGCCUGAAGGUGACCGACACCUGGCUCAGACACUACCAGGUUCUGCCCAACCGGACGCAUCCUCGGCUGCUGAUGAGCGGCGGCGGCGGAUACCUCCUAUCAGGAACCACCGUGGCCUCAGAGCGCUCCGCCGGCUCGCUGCAGAGCGAGGAACCGGCGCCCAAAAGGCAGAAACUCAAAGACACUUUGGGCUGAACCAACAGACUGCUGGAGUUUGUUCAGGACAGACGUUUCUGGAGACGCCGAGCGUCUCGCAGAAGCAACAAUAGUAAACUAAUGUGGAGAGGUAGAAAUGUAUUAUUUUCCCCCAAAAGCUGUAGCAGCUUUUUGAAUUAGUUUUUAUAUUUUUCAGAGUUUUGUUUAUUGUUAUGAUGGAUUCUCUUUAAGAAAUAAAUCGGAGAUAUUUUUGUUCCCAGAA